ACAAAACUACCCAACUUAUAAUCAUGACAAGAAUCAAUCAAAUUGCUUAACAACAAGCUAUUUUUCUCUCUCUCUCUCUCUAUAAGGAAAUUACCUUUUCCCUGUAAUGCAGAAUUUUGAUAAAGAUCCAAACUUUUGAGGUUUUUUUGAAGAUCAUAAAGCCAUUUUGGCCGGAAUUUUGUUUAAAUAUGUCGUCAGGUUUCUCCGGCGAGUUUUACGGUGCCGGUGGGAGCAACAAUGGAAGAUCUACCAUGAAUAACAACUCACAAAGGCCUUAUUCUUCACCGCUAUCGGGUAUUUUGCCUGACCCGGUUACACAGAUCGUUCAUCAAGGGAGACCCAAUUUGAUGGGGAAGCGAUCUCUUGCGGAGUUUCAACAACAACAACAAUUGCAGUUUCUACAACUUCAACAGCAGCAGCAGCAGCAGAAACAACAGCAGCAGCAGCAGAUGAUGCUACUUCAACAACAGCAGCAGCAGCAGCAAGGACUUGGGUUUUAUCUCCGUAACGUAAAACCCAGAAGUUAUCAGCAGUCAUCUCCAAUGUCUCCUCUUUCCCCUGUAGAUUUUUCUGUUGCCGCUGCUGCUGCUUCUUCAAUUUCAUCUGAAUUUUCUUCGAAUUCAAAUGUCUCUACGAUGAUGAACACGCGCCACGCUCUACCUGUUCACCAGCAAUUCCGGUCACAGCCUGCUAAUAUUGGUGGAUUUUUAUCUCCAGGUAUUCAGAAUUAUUCUACGGGGGUUUCGUCUCUAAAUCCAGUUCAAAACAGAGCAACCAUCGGAGUACAGGAAUUGUUGUCACAGGAAUCGGAUAAAAAGAUGAUGAAUUGUCUUCAAGAGCUUGAGAAACAGCUCUUAGACGACAACGAUGAAGAAGAAGGCGAUACAGUUUCAGUCGUCACCAACAACGAUUGGUCGGAGACAAUACAGAAUCUGAUUAGCCCCUGUCAUAAUCAGAACCAAAACCAAAUUCAGAAACUGGCAUCACUAUCUCCAUCCUCUUCGACUUCUUCGUGUGCUUCUUCAACAGAGUCUCCGUCAAUAUCUUGUCCCAAACAGUCUAUAAUAGAAGCAGCUACAGCAAUAGCCGAUGAGAAAAACGACGUCGCAGUGGAGAUCCUCACGCGCCUAUCACAAGUUGCCAAUAUCAGAGGUUCCUCUGACCAGCGGCUAACGGCGUACAUGGUUUCCGCUUUACGGUCGCGCGUGAACCCCGUCGAUUACCCCCCGCCGGUGCUGGAGAUGCGAAGCAGAGAGCAUACAGAUAAUACUCAUAAUCUAUACGAGGUAUCUCCCUGUUUCAAGCUCGGUUUCAUGGCUGCCAAUCUAGCUAUCCUUGAAGCUGUAGCUGACCACCCUUUCAACAAGCUUCACGUCAUUGAUUUCGACAUCGGCCAAGGCGGACAGUACUUGCAUUUACUGCAUGCACUGGCUGCCAAGAAAUCAAACAGCCCAGCCGUUUUAAAAAUCACGGCUUUCACAGAACAAGCAGGCGGAGUUGACGAGAGACUCAAUUCUAUCAUCGUGGAGCUUAACUCCGUCGCUAAUCGGCUCGGGGUCUGCUUAUAUUUCAACGUAAUGUCUUGUAAGGUAACCGAUUUGAGCCGGGAAAACUUAGGCCUUGAACCUGAUGAUGCAUUAGCAGUGAAUUUCGCAUUCAAAUUAUACAGAUUACCCGACGAAAGCGUAACAACGGAGAAUCUCCGUGACGAGCUUCUCCGUCGGGUAAAAGCGUUAUCACCAAAGGUGGUAACGCUGGUGGAGCAAGAAAUGAACGGCAACACCGCUCCGUUUCUAGCGCGUGUGAAUGAAGCGUGUGGUCAUUACGGUGCAAUAUUCGACUCGCUGGAUGCUACAGUGUCAAGAGACAACAUGGACCGAGUCAGGAUCGAAGAGGGACUGAGUCGGAAAAUGUCUAAUUCGGUAGCGUGCGAAGGGAGGGACCGCGUUGAAAGAUGCGAGCUAUUUGGGAAGUGGAGGGCCCGUAUGAGCAUGGCUGGGUUCGGGCCGAGGCCCGUUAGUCAAAUCGUGGCGAAUUCUUUGCGUUCAAAGCUUAAUUCGGGUACACGUGGCAACCCGGGCUUUACCGUGAUUGAACAAAGUGGAGGUAUUUGCUUUGGUUGGAUGGGACGAACUCUCACCGUCGCAUCAGCAUGGCGUUAACUUUAGCAUUAUUUUCUAAUCAAGAGAAAAAUAUUCUGAUUAUUAUCUUAUUAAUAUUAAUCUUCAAAGUGAUUUGCUGUAUUAAGGGGCUUUCUUUAAUUUUGGUUAUUAUUAUUAUUAUUGUUAAUGAAAAUUCAGAUGAUGUCCCUCAUUCGAAAAAAAAAAAGGCAUGAAUAUUAAUAUUUAGAUUCUCUUUGUAAAUAUAUUUGUGUUA